GCAGAAAGGGGAGGGUUAAAUGUUGUAAAAAGAGACUGGAAAGGGAAGGAGGAUCCAAAAUGCGGCCAUGAGGGAUCAAGCGUCUUGGGUUGGAAAAGGACUUCGUUCCCAAUAAAUACUCAUAGUAAAGAGCAGAAAUUGUGAGAAAUUUAAUAAACAUUUAAAAUCUUAAUGUAAAUGCAGAUGGAGCGCUCAGAAGCCAGAGGCCAAAUACAGCAGCAGACGGAGCCACAGCCAUGGGGAAAACUGAUCCGCCUGGGGGCCCAGGAAAAAGAGCCUCACAUAUUGUUGUUGAAGAAACAAUGGACUAUUGGGAGGAAAAAAGGUUGUGACCUGUCCUUUCCUGGCAAUAAACUGGUAUCUGGAGAUCACUGUAAAAUAACAGUGGAUGAAGAAUCUGGUCAAGUAUCACUAGAAGAUACCAGCACUAAUGGGACAAUUAUCAAUAAACAGAAGGUGGUGAAGAAGCAGGCAUGCCGCUUGCAGACCGGAGAUGUGAUCUAUGUCGUUUACAGGAAACAUGAGCCAGAAAACAAUGUUGCAUAUCUUUAUGAAUCUUUAAGCCCAAAACAGGACCAGGAUGAUGAGCCAGUGGAAGCCAGUGUUGAAAACGUCUGCCAAGUGACCAAAUAUACCUCAUGUACUGGAAAAAUACAUACUGGAACCUCAGUUUCACCAACGGGUCAACCCAGCUGUGAUGAACCACGGCCGUCCACCUCUACGUCGAACCUCUUCAAUGCGGCUUCUGCCACCAAGCCCGUAUCUACAGAACAGGACAAUCCCUCAACAUCUGGCUCGCAAUCUUCCACGCCUGUUCCUGUACCAGCUUUGAUACUGUGUAGUCCGGAAACAAAACUUGAAUACAAGCAGCCACGUGUAAAUACUGAAAUGCCUGCUGUUUCUUCAGGGGAUAAAGAGAAAAUGUCAUUGGCUCUACCUGAGCUUAAAAGCAGGGAUGAAGAGGACGCCUUUGAGCCCGUGAGAAAGAAAAUGAAAGGAGAUGGCGAUGGCGGCUCGUAUCUUCAGGAGCUUCCUCCAAAGGAAUGUGCAAUGAAAACAGGCUGCGAUGACGCCAAGUCAGCCAACGUGAAACCAGACAAAAUGGAAGAAACGCUGACUUGCAUCAUCUGCCAGGAACUGCUGCAUGACUGUGUCAGCCUGCAGCCCUGCAUGCACACUUUCUGCGCUGCUUGUUACUCAGGGUGGAUGGAACGCUCCUCUCUCUGUCCGACAUGCCGUUGUCCGGUGGAACGUAUCUGCAAAAAUCACAUUUUAAACAACUUGGUGGAAGCUUAUCUCAUCCAACAUCCAGACAAGUGUCGUAAUGAAGAGGACGUGCGAAGCAUGGAUGCUCGGAACAAAAUCACUCAAGACAUGCUUCAGCCAAAGGUGCGCAGGUCCUUUUCGGAUGAAGAAGGAAGCUCUGAAGACCUGCUGGAGCUAUCGGAUGUGGAUAGCGAAUCCUCUGAUAUUAGCCAGCCGUACAUCGUGUGCCGACAGUGUCCGGGAUAUCGUCGGCAAUCCGUUCCAGCCCUUUCCUCCCCUGGCCUGGAAGGAGAAACGGAGUCAGGGCAGGCGUUAGGGGAUGCCCCCUCCACGUCUGCCAACUUCCCAACAGCCGCCCAGGAGUACGUCUGUCCUUCUCAAGGAAGUCACGUGAUCUGCACCUGCUGCUUCCAGCCAAUGCCGGACCGCAGAGCGGAGCGUGAGCAGAACCCCCACAUCGCCCCUCAGCAAUGCACCAUCUGUCUCCAAUCCUUUUGUCACUUGUACUGGGGCUGCACUCGGGUGUCAUGUUUUGGCUGCUUAGCACCCUUCUGUGAAAUAAACCUUGGUGACAAGUGUCUGGACGGGGUCUUGAAUGGCAAUAACUAUGAAUCGGAUAUUCUAAAGGAUUACCUGGCAUCCAGGGGUUUGACAUGGAAAAACAUAUUAAAUGACAGCCUUGUAGGUCUUCAAAGAGGAGUCUUUAUUUUACCAGAUUACCGAAUUACAGGGGAAACGGUGCUCUGCUACUGUUGUGGCCUCCGUACCUUCCGAGAACUCGCUUACCAAUACAGGCAGAAUAUUCCUGCUGCCGAGCUGCCAGCGGCUGUCACAUCUCGUCCCGAUUGCUACUGGGGGCGUAACUGUCGGACUCAGGUUAAAGCACACCAUGCUAUGAAGUUCAAUCACAUUUGUGAACAAACACGAUUCAAAAACUGAAUGUUUUCUAGGGAUUUAAUGGAUCUGAAUAUUUACCGCCUGUUUAAAAAAAAGGGAGGAGGGGGGAAUUAAAGCUGAAAUGCUGACUUUUUCAGUAACUGUUCCCUUUUUUCCCCCUCAUAUCAAGGAGUUGGUUACUUUUUACAUCAGGUACUCUGAUGUGAGUUACUUUAAUUAUUAUUUGUAAAAUUCUGCAGCUUGUAAAGAGGGCAGAACAUCUGUUGUUCUCUGUUUUUUUUGUUGUUGUUGUUAUUAUUCUCUUUUUCCACAAAAAAAGAGAGGGGGGGGGAACUGAACCAGUAACUCCAAUUAACCUCCCUCUAGUUCCAUCAUGGUUUUGACUUAACGAGUGGACCGAAGUUCUGAUUUAGGGGUGGGCUAAAGCUGCAAGCAUUGAGCAAAGGAAGGAGGGAUUUUUCAACAAGCAAAAGAAACGAGACAAUUUCCUGCGUGAGAAAAAAAGUUUGAUAACGGUUGAUUUGUGGAAUAAAUGUGAUGUGGGCCAAGUUGUGAGUGGAACAGAAUUUGCAAACUUUUAGGUUUUUUAAUUAUUAUUUUUAAUUUACCUACUGGUUGUGGGAUUCUAGGAGCUAUCAUUCCACCUCACCACAAACGAUUUCUUAUCUCCAGAGCAGAGGGAAAGUAGAGAACUAAUCACCCAGUUCUGCCUAAAUGAUGCAAUGUCGUAUUUUUCUGGCUCUCCCUAGGAACUGUUGCGCCGUCUUAGUCUUCCACCAAUCGGCAGCCCCGUCAGAAGCUUAUUGGUGGAUUCAUUUAUGGGCUAUAGCCAAUCACAAUUGACUCGUCAUGCUUUGUCUUCCUGCAGUACUUUGCAGACUAUUUCUCUAGGUGCUAUGAUGCCUGAUCAGCCAAGCAUGGGG